AUGCUAAAUCUAUCUAAAAAUAAAAUUAAUUACAUUAAUUCAAAAUUUUUUGAUAAUUUAGUGAGUUUAGAGAUUUUAUGUUUAAAUGGUAACAGGCUAAAAAGCUUGAAGUUUGAAAAAAAUUCAGAUAAUAGAUAUACAUUUUUACCUAAUUUAACUCGUCUAGAACUGAGUGGGAAUUUUUUGCAUGAUCUCAAAUUUUUGAACAUGAAUUUAGAUAAAUGUUUUACAAAUUUGAAAAAAAUUAAUUUGGCCAAAAAUAAUUUCAAUGAUAUUAGUUUUCUUGAAGCACUACCAUUAAAACAUCUAGAGGAGAUUAAUUUACAAUUUAAUACAAUUAGAAGGAUUAAUUUAAAAAAAAUUAAAAAAUUAAUUAAAAUAGAUGCAUACUAUAACAGUAUUGAAGUUUUACCAGAUUUAAAUGAUUUAAUAUUUUUAGAGAAUUUAAAUUUAUCUAAUAAUAAAAUCAAAAAUAUCAGUAACGGAAUAAUUAAUUUAAAAAGUUUAAAAAAAUUGAAUUUGAGUUAUAAUGAGAUUAAAAAAAUUGAAAAUUUACCUUUAAUAGUAAACAAAGAUUUAGAAUUAUAUCUUCAGGGCAAUAAAAUUAAUUCUAUUGAUGAGUUUUAUUUUGGCAAAAAUAUUAUUAAAAAUGAGAAUUUGAAAACAAUUAGAAUUAUGAUAUCGGACAUUUAUUUGGCUGGGAUUAAAUCAAAGAAUUCUUUUAGAUAUAUAAAAGAUCAUAUUUACUGA